AUGCGCAUCCAGCCGACGACGGGGUCUCUCGAUCCAUCGCCAAGUCGGUGGCGGCUCCCGGGGGCUCUCUGGCUCUGUGCGACGCUGGCAGGUACUUUCUAUUACCUUCUCCAUAUCCAGCCACAGCUUGCCAACGACUUCUUCUGGCCGCACUACAACUCGUCUGGGUACCAAACCUUCCUCAUCGAUGCCCUCAACCAGCUACUGGAGACAUCAGAUGAUGAGGCGACCGUUGACUUGGGCUCGGUGAUGCUCGACGCGCGCUACGACGGUCUGCUGACAACCGCUAUCGCACACCCGACGUAUGCAAUGGCUCUGCUGACGACGAAGCUCCCAUCCCUCGACUUUGCGAUCACGAGUCUGCGCAACACAUCUAUCGACAUGGUCUUGUGGCUUCCGACACCAUACUGCUGGGUCGACUUUAACAAAUCGUUUGAGCUCGCGCACACAGAGGCGCGGCAGGACCGGUGCCGUCACCAGUAUGGUACCAACGGCGCCGUCUACCUGGAGGCUGUGGCUCGCAACAUUGAUUGGACGGCCUUUCUUGUCGGCUACGGCGGUCCCGAGACGCUCUUUUGGAGCGCGAUCUUGAGUGGUCUCGAGGCGUCGACGCGUGGCGUGCAUUGGCUGGACACGGUCGCUGCAACAACGACGUCGGUGCCGGACGAAGUGGCGUUUUGGCAGCGCCAUGGGAUCCAGCGCUUUUGCUACCAGUGGCAAAACUUGCGCCUUCCGGGUCUCGUCGAGACAGCGACGCUUGUCAAUGCCCUCGGUAUACCGACAUCUCUGACACUCAAGAGCAUCGAGUCCGACCUAGGUCCAGGGUCGUCCAGCCACUUUUAUGAGCCGUUGGCCAUGGAUCUGUACCCGACGACAAUGUGCAACCUGAGUCUGAUUCGCGACACGCCCAAUUACAUUCUCAAUACAACGUGCUUUGGCAUGCCGCCGCAGUCGUUUGACGAUUAUUCGUAUGCUCAAUACUAUUUUGGCGCCUCCCAAUCCAGCUUGGUUCGUGCGGCUCUCGGACCUUAUCUCUCGAUCGAUCUUCUUGUUGUGUCUCCCCCAACCGCUCUCGUUUGCCUCACGAGUGCCCUCUCAACGGCGUUCUACGGAGGGCUCAACAGCUCGUUUGCGAAUACUUACACCAACCUUCGGUCACUCUCGGUGACGCCAACACCACGAGCGUGGAAGAAUGGACAUUAUGUCUUUUGGGGUGGCAGCCUCUUGUGCAGCUACGAUACAUCGCAGACCUUUGUGCUGCCGCCAUUCACAGCCGUCGGUUCUUGCGUGACACAAACCGUCUGGAGAAUGUCAGUGUCCCCAUUUGCCAUGGUAAUGGCGCUUUCGCUUGUGAGCGACUCGGUCGAAGACAUCUGCGCACUCGCCGCCUCGGAUGCGUGCACGCCGUCCCUGCGCCUAGCUCGGACCCUCAUGAUACGCACACUAAAUCAAACGCUCGUCCAAGACGCCAUUGCAGCUGUCACAGCUCUUGACGUCAGUGUCAUUCAAGUUGCCUCUGACAUGACUGAAACCAACUACACGCUGCUACGACAACCGUUAUUGGACCAAUCGUCCUUUGCAUUCUACGGCUGGGUUCUUCUUUUCGACUGGGUCGCAGGCGUUCGUGAAGUUCUUUCGUUUGAGGGCGACAACGGGACGCUUGUCUUGAUCUCGGACGCCUAUGAUACGACGCCCAGCGGUUCGAGCAGCAGCAGUCUCAGCAACGCGUCGGCCGGUGUCUACUACAUCAUCGCGUACUCGAGUCUUGUGCUUGGCGCUGUCGCUGUCGCAACCCUAAUCGCUUCAUUCAUGUCGCGUGGCGCUGUCUCGGGCAUCAACUUUUUCGUCUUCAACCGCAUCGCGGGCUCCACGUGGCUCGGACGUCCGCUGUUGUUGCUUCGCGGCGCCAGCGCACUGAUGCUGCUCAGCUCGGCUCCGAUCGGACUCGAUCGAGCGCACAACAUUUACGCGCAGCUGGUGCUCUCGACCCGCCCCGUUCUCGAGACGUGCUUCUUGGCGUGGGAAGCGACGUGGAUUGUGUACGUCGUGCACGAGUUGCUCUUGCCACUGCAGAGCCACCGCGCGCGGUCGAUUGGGCUUGUUGGGACGUUGCUGACGUGGCUGUUGCUGGUGAUCAUGGACGUUGGCUGGCCCGUGUCUGUGACAGCAACCAUCGAUCGCAAAUGUACCAUUAGCAGCAGUUACUACAACGUUCGAUGCAACAGCGUCACAUUGCUGACAGGCGAGCUAUCGCGGCUCCGAGUCAUUGGACUGAUCCAGUGUUUGCUCGUUCCGUGUCUGUGGUUUUUGGAUUGCAUUGCGGCUCGUCCCACGUCUCGGAAGACCAAGGACUAUUGCACAAGCUCGAUGCUCUCGGUCGUUGGCCAAGCGUUUUUGGACCGAGAUUCUGAACUCGAUUUGGUCGGCCACCUCGCAUCUGGUCUCAUUCCGCUUCGAGGAUCCGCCAUCUUUGACCUCAAGCUCUGGCGCCUACUCUUUCUGGCUCCGACGGCGGCAAUGGUCAUGCCCGUGGAGCUUCAUCCGUCAAUGAUACAAACGCGCUGGGGGCCGCGGGUCUGGGUUAUCAUUGGCACUGUCUACGUCGCUGCAGCGAUCUACAGCAGUGUCUCGUACCUCGGUCUCGCCCAAGGGCUCUUGACCAACGACUUGGUCUGGCCCGCCUUCAACAUGACGGGGUCGCACAGCUUUCUCGCCAACUGGUUCAACGAGCCGGCGCAUUUACUGGGUGCAGACAGCUCGGCGAUAGCACUCACCAGCCACCAGCAAAUCAACGCUCUUGGGCUGUUCAACCUGUCGCAAGUGUCCGUCGCGUUUCCCAUCCAGCAAGGCGCCAGAGUCCAGUACUCAACCCUAACCACUCUUUCGGAUGCGAUCUCGGGGCUUCGUACUUUGGAUGGUUGUGAUGGUCCGUGGGUCUUUACGCAGUACUGCUACCUCGACUUUGAUCAAAAGUGGGAUAUGGCCAAUUCGGUCAAGCGCCAAGAACGAUGCCAGUCGAUGGUCAGUAAUGGCGCGGUCUUUCUCGCUUCUUUGCUUCGGAAUGUUGAUAUCUCAACGUGCUGGAGUGCGUCGUUUGAGAUUGGGUUUGGGUCCGAGUUGCGUGAGUCUAUGGCCGGUCAGGCUUUGUUGGCUUCAUUUAGUCCUCCGUACCUCUCGAUCGACGACGAAGUGUCUUAUUGGACAUCAAAGAGUAUCUCGUCGUACGUGCUGCAGUGGCAAAACUACAAGUCGAUCGGUCUUCUCCACUCGUACAACAUUGUCAAUGCGUACGGCGUCUCGUAUCCUUUCUUGCUGCAGUCGACUGCGGGCUACCGCCGUUUGGGGAGCCAGACGUCGUUCAAAAUGUACUGGUCUCUGGCCAACGACCUCGGCGCUCUCGUCACCAACACCUCGUCCAUGGGUGGCAAGAGUCUCCUCCGCAUCUACUACCUACGGUUGCUGCAACCACCGCUCGCCAACGAUCUUCUCUGGCCGUACUACAAUGCUUCAGGGUACCAAACGUUCCUCGCCGAUGUCAUUAACACGUUUCUCGAGACGGAGCCCGAUGGAUCCACCGUCGACUUGCAGUCUGUGGUCAUUGAGGCGCGCUACGACGGUGUCUUGCCCAACGCUAUGGUCCACCCGACGUACGCGAUGGCGCUCCUGACGACCAAACUCACAGCGCUGGACCUUGCCAUCACUAGUCUGCGCAAUACCUCUGUGGACGACAUUCAAUGGCUGCCAACGCCGUACUGCUGGGUUGACUUCGACAAAGAAUUUGAACUCGCGCACACGGUGACGCGUCAAGAGCGCUGCCGUCAACGGUUCGCGACGAAUGGCGCCGUGUACCUCGAGUCUAUUUUUCGCAACAUUGAUUGGGACGCCUUUGUCGCCAAUUACGGUGGGUCCAACUCCAUCUUUUGGUUUGCGAUUCAAAGUGGUCUCGAGGCGUCGCCGCGAGGUGUGCGCUGGAUGGAGACUAUCGCUUCUGUCUCGACGUCGGUGCCUGAAGAGGUCGCGUACUGGGAGCGUGCUGGCAUUGAGGCUUUUCACUACCAGUGGCAAGACAGCCAUCUCCCUCGGCUCGUUGAGACUGCCACACUUCUCAACGCCCUCAACAUCCCAACCUCACUGACGCUCAAGAGCAUCGAGCACAGCGCUGGUCAGGCGUUUUCCAACGUUUUUUACGAACCACUUAUGAUGGACAUAUUCCUUGUCGGGAUGGGCAACAUGAGUCUCAUUCGCGGGUCGCCCAACUACUUUCUCAACACGACGUACUACGGCAUGCCGCCACAACCAUUUGAGAGCUUCUCGUAUGCUCCCUAUAUGUUUAGCGCUGGUCAAGUGACCUUGGUUCGCGAAAACCUCGGGCCUUUUCUCUCGAUCGAUCUCGUUGUCGUGUCUCCCCCCGCGGCUCUUGUCUCGCUUGCACGCGUUCUCUCGUCCGCAAUAUGCUCUCGGUGA